GUCACAGCGCAGCGCACCGCGCUACGUCACAUCGCCUCACCACUCGCGGACCGUUUCUCCCGUCCGCCGACAGCCCGUAGCCACUGCGCUCGGGGACUCCACAAGCGACGGCAGCAAUGGCUCUCACGCAGGCGGUGUCAGCGAGGAGGCUGGCCGUAGUGUGGGCGGUGGCGGCGGCGCUUCUGUGCGGCCUGGUGGUGGGAGCGCCCGCUGCCUCAGACGACGACUACACGGACGAGAACAGGCCCUACGAGUUCGGAUUCGUCAUCGAGGGGCAGCAGCACCGCCACGAGAAGAAAGAUGAGAGAGGCAUCAUCAUGGGGGAGUUCGGCUUCAUCACGGCGGACGGAGUCUACCACGUGACUGUGUACGCCACGGACGAGAACGGGGACUUCAAGAUCAUCAGCAUGAAGAACAUACGCCUCGGACCGCCUCUGGACCAGAUGCGGACGGCGCCGCGCACCAGCACGACAACGCGCCCUGUGACGCAGCCGCCGGCGCCGGCUGCAGCGGCGCGCACCUCGACGGCCCCCGCAGCCCCCGGCUCCACCAGGACGGCCGUCAGACUCGACGGCGUCAACGGUUGCAGCGGCUGCCUCAUCCCCACCACCACGGCUGCCACCCCUCCGGCCAUCGGCUCUGAGCUGCAGCCUCCGUUCGUUGGAGGUCCCCCAUCCGCUGGAGCACCUGGAAGGCCUAGUCCCGCAUCCGUUGGAACAGUUGGACAACCUGGAGGCGUCGGCGGUGGUUUCAGCACUGGAGAUAGAACUGCCGGCGGCUUCGGUGGUGGCCAAGGCGGAGGAGCCGGAGGCGGCGUCCGAGAUCGCAUUGGGGGUGGAAUCGCAGAUCGUACUGGUGGGAGCUUCGGAGGUGGGGCUCCAGGAAGUGCUGUAGGCGGUGUCGUCGGCAUCACUAGGGCUCCGGUGGCAGGUGGCAGUGCCGGUAGCCUUGGGGGCGGUGCUGGAGGUGUUGGGAGUGUCGACAGAGGAGGCGGUGGGAGCGGCUUCGGAGGGCAGCGCCCUGGCCUGCCAGGGCAGCCAACUGUCGGCACAGCAGCUCAGCCCGGCAGACCUUCGCAACCAGUGGGGCAGCAGCCGGCGUUCGGAGCGCGACCCUUCACCGUCCCAGCACAGACGCCCUCGGGAGUUGGCGGCGCUCCUGGCCAGCAGGCGACAGGCCCAGCUUCCGCUCGGCCAGGGCAGCAGACCGCUGGUGCCCCAUUUGGAACCGCCGGUGCCCCAUUUGGAGGUGAGGCGUCGCCUCCGGGCACUCGGCAGCAAGGCAGCGAGCGCCCGACCGCGUUCGGUGGGCGGCCAUCCUCCGGCCCUGGAGCUGCCGGUGGUGGCGUCCCAGCCUCGAGUGGCGGACUGGGUGUUCCGCCUGGAGAGCCCGUCAGGGACGGACUCCCGCCGGGAGUCUCCAUGCAGGACGUUAUGGAUGCCCUGCUCUACAGGUUCAACUACACGCUGCCGUACCACGGCCACAACGAGGAGGGCUACCGCAGCGGCAACAAGGUUGGCGGCUACUUCGCGGACGGCCGCGACGGCGUCGGCCGCAACGUCAAGUACCUGGCCAACGAGUUCGGCUACCAGCCCAACAUCACACUGGUCGACCUGCGGCCCGACCAGGCCCACACCGAGGAGGACGAGCGCAACGCGCCGCUGCUCGGAUACAAGUUCGAGUGGCUCUACUGAACACCCCCUCCAAUCAGCCGUUCUCACUGCAAGACACUCUGCCUCAGACA